AUGAAAAGAAGAUAAAUACAAGUUGGAAGCCCAUUUGAUGAAGCAUAAAGUAUAUUGGGAGAUCCAUUAUGGUUAGUUAAUUACGCAAUUUAAGUACCAAACCAACCUUUCCAGGAGCCAAUUUAGUCUAAUACUUAAAUGAAUGUACCAACCAUUCCAAAGGUCAAGGAAUUAGCCCCAAUCCAAGAAAUCGACUUUCGAGAAGCUCUGCUUCAAGAAAUUGAUAGCAUAUAAAAAAGUGAAUAAUAGGGUGCCCCUGUGGUUUAAUAAUAAGUCUUUCUGACAUAAGAGAGGACUGCUCCACAACAGAGCUAACCUGUUACUUAGCAGACUCAAUCUAAUUAGCAAUAGAGCAGAGCACAACAAUUGAUUUAAUAGUCAUAAUAACUGAUACAAAGAAGGAGACAGCCCAAAUAGUAGGAUCAGCAUUAGAACGAUGUUAAUUAGCAUUAGCAAUAAUCCAAUCCAACUUAAUAAGCUAAUUCUUUUCAAUCAACCAAAAUCGAAGAGAAUAUUCAAUAACCUGUAAUUUAAACAAAUCAAAAAUAAGACUCACAGAAAUUAAAGGAAUAGUAAUAUGAAUCAUAAUAAUACCAAUAGUAUGAAUAACCACAAUAACAAUAAAAUCAAGAUAAUCAUCCACAAUUUUAAGUUGAAGUACCUAAUGACUAAUUACAAAAAUUAAUUGAUCCUCCCAUAACUAAAGCAAAUGCAAAUUAAAAUGAAUAAUUGAAGUAAAAUUAAGUCUAAAGAACACGUCAGUAAGUCCCACCUCCAAUAAAAAAAGAAAUUUAGUAAUAACAUUAAGUUGCUCAAAAUGAAGUUAGACAACAAAUACCUCAAUAAAAUCAAUAGUUGUUGUUAAAUAAUCAGAAUCACUAAAAUCAAUCAUCAGUCAUCACUGCUUAAACAUUUUAUCAUGGGCUAGUAAGCUAUGAUAUAUGUAAUUAUGAAUCAUAAUUAAAUUAGAAUCAAAUAAACUCAAUAAACUUAGAUACACCUCUCUUGUGUCUUAAUAUCCUGGUCCAUUCUUUAAGAACAGAAGCCCAGAUAAUUUAAGAUCGUUGCGUUACUUUUGGUCCUCCUUCACUACAAAUAAUGCCUUGUUGUAAUUAGCCAUUGAUCACCUUGAAAAGCCACUCGAAAAGAAUAGUGCUUUGUACAUAAUAGAGUCUAAAUUGCUUAAUGAUUAAAGUGGCCAAGCAUUUGUUGAAAUUAUCUUAGGCCUACGAAAGAAUAUACAAUCAAAAUGAUUGGGAAACUAAAUUGUUGGUGAGCAUCUUGGAAGGAGAAUUCAUAAAUACUAAGUAAUAAUAGAGUUUAAUUGAAUACAUAAAAAAGAGGUCUUAUCAUGAUGAUUAAGAGGCCUGGCUAAUUCGAUUGGCAGUUUUGCUUAAGAUGAUCCCAAUUGACCAAGAAUACUAUUCAGAAUUACUCAUCUAAUUAUAGCAUCUAUAUUCAAGCGAAUAAAUCUAGGCUCGAUUAUUGUGGCUAUUAUUAAAGAUGGAGAUUUAGAAUACCUAAUUGGAUGUAUUUUUGUUGAGCUUUUUUACAAAAUUUAAUUACAGUCUAUGUCAUUCUGAAAUUCAAUUGUUGAUUGGAGAUUCUCACAUGUGUAUCCAUAAUUAAUAGAACGCUGAAUUAUACUAUAAGUUGAGUUUGCUAUUUGUGGAAUCCGAGAAUUACGAUAAGGCAUUGGAGUGUGUCAAAUUCUCAAUUGAUCUGGGAUAUCAUUCCAAAGCCAGAGAUUUGAGAGAAAGAAUAUUGUAAGUGAUAGAAUUGAAGGAAAAAAAUAAAUCAAAUAACAACAAUAGUGGUCUUUUUGGGUAUUUCGGUUAGGCGGUCAAUGCUGUCAAAAAUAUAUAGAAAUAACAACCUUAAUAACAACAAGCCACCUAUUAGCCAUAGCCAUAAAACUUUUAUUAUGACAAAUAAUUAAAAGCUUAUGUGAUUAAUGGCGUUCCGUAAAUAGCUCCUCCUGAAGAGGAAUAAAAGAAGGAAGUAGUUGUGGCAGCUCCUCCUCCUCCUAGAAGAAAGAUUGAUCCACCAAAACCUGUUGUCUAUGAAGAAUAAAUAACUUAAUAAACAUAAGAAGCAACAGAAGACCCUUUUGCAUCUUAAUCAUAAGCUCAUUAAUCAGAACACAAUAAGAAAAAGAAUAAUUUAUUGAGGAAUAGAUAUGUAUAAUGA